AUGGGCCGUUCCACAGGAGCCAGAGCUUUAUCAAUUUGGACCCAUAAUCUGAGUGAGAUCGAGUAUGUGGAAUCGUUGGAUAUCUAUUACCAGGGACCCGCGUUUAAAGUGGGCGGUGGGGUGGUGGGGACCCAGAUUUUGGAAGCGGCCGCUGCGCGAGGACUCGUCGUGGUGACCGGAGAGUGCCCGACCGUUGGGUUGGCUGGAGGAUACACGCAGGGAGGCGGACACUCCGCGCUAAGCACUGCGUUUAACUUGGCCGCGGAUCAAACUCUCUCCUUUGAAGUGAUCACGGCAGCCGGGGAACUCGUCACCGCGUCCCGCAGCGAGAACGAGGACCUGUACCGGGCCCCCAGCGGCGGCGGUGCCGGGAACUACGGCACCGCGGUGUCGGCCACCGUCAAAGCCUAUCCCGAGACCACGGUCUCCGGUGCCUCUCUUGGAAUAUUGACUGCAAACACCACCCGUGAGCUUUUCACAGAGGCUGUAACACAUUUUCACUUGCUCCUACCGGCGAUGACCGAGGUCGGUGCAACAGUCAUCUACCAGAUGUCCUCGCAACACUUUCUCAUCAACCCCCUGACGGCCUACGACAGGACGACAAGCGAAGUCCAGAUUAUUCUGGCGCAGUUCAUCUCUGUCUUGUCCACUCGGGGUAUCCCGUACGAGGUCUCCUGCUCGGAGUAUGACAGCUACUACGAUCACUACAACAAGUAUAUGGGUCCUUUCCCGGGUGGAAACCUCGGCGUUGGCAUUUAUAAUUUCGGCGGCCGCUUCAUUCCCCAGCGCAUUCUUAAAUCACAACGGCGGACGGCCAGCUUGGUAGGCACACUACGAAACCUGACAGAGCACGGAGGCUUUGUGGUGGGAGUCGGCCUGGACGUCUCCAACAAGACAGGCGACAAACUACCAAACACGGUCUUUUCCCAGUGGCGUGGCGCCGCCGUCACUCUACAGCUAGCGAAUACGUGGAAUACAGUGACGCCGUGGGCAGAUAAAAUCCGCGCCCAGCUCCAGGUGACUGACGAGUUCAUGCCCCAGAUCGAGGCUGUCACGCCUGACGCCGGCGCAUACCAGAACGAAGCCGACUUCCGUCAACCUCGCUAG